AUGAGGCUGUGCAUUUGCGUGGGACUGCUGAUGUCCGUGGUUCUGUGUGCUCGAGGACAGGCUAACAAUUUGGCAGACCUGAUCACAUCCAACCCCAACCUUUCCGAGGUAAUAGAGUUUCGACGAAAAAUCGAGCUUCAGUCUAAGGGCAGAAGAGACGGAGGACAGUCCUGUUACCGGACAACGCUGCUGUGGACGUUUUCAACCAAACCUUUCCAAUGCCCCCCUGAAGCUGACCUUCCGAAACUUCUCAAUAACGCAGCAGUGCCUGGAAAUAUGACUAUAGAAGCCUUGGCAGCGAUGAAGACUGUCCAAAUCUCCCCUACAGAGAAUACUACAGCCAUAUUGUGGUUCUCGCAACAAAUGGAAGAUUAUUUCGUGAACAAUGCUAAAGUGAAAAGUAGCAAUAUGAUGGCGUCGAACGGCUAUCUACACAUCCUGGACCAAGUGCUGUAUCCACCGAGUGAUUCGCAGACGCUUACCGAGGUGAUCAAUACGGUCAACCGCUACAGCGGCCUGAAAGAAUUACUCGCAAACGUUACAACGUUCCCAUGGCAGGAAGGACAGAAUUACACUGUAUUUGUCCCCAGCAAUGAUGUCAUCACUGACGAGAUUAAGGCCAUGAACGAAACCCAACUGCUUCCGGUAUUACAGCAGCACGUUGCAACGGCGCCUCUGUUCACCAGGUGGUUAAAGAUGUCAUCUGAUCCCUUGAACACGCUCAACGCAGACGAUAAGAUUCAUGUCAGUUAUAUGGAUGAAACACUGUUUGUUGGCGUUAACGACCACUGGGCGAUCGUGGACCAGAUCAACGCAAACAUGCCGACCACAAAUGGCGUCCUUCACAUUAUCAACGCUGUCAUUGGAGUAACGCCCGGCGUCAGCGUCUACCAACAGCUAAGUUUGUCGAACAUGUGGACAGAAACAAAGACGAAGCUAUUGGGCGUGGAAGCUAUUAAGACUGAGCUGAUGAAGGCCGAUCAGAACUUUACAUUAUUAGCCCCUUCUGCUGCAGCCUGGCAAAAAAUGAAGAAUGUGGAAGUGAAGGACGCAGAAAUGGUACUGAAGCGACACGUUCUGACCAUGAGCCUAACGCAUGCGCAACUGAUGGACAAGACUGAGGUGACAACCUUCGGCGGGGACAAACUUGAUGUAAAGAAAACAGACGGCAAAAUAAUGCUUGCGUACACCAAGGAUGACUCUACGGUAGAGGCCACGGUGGAUGAUAGCGGUACCAUGACAACUAACGGCUACAUCUACAAGAUCGACACCGUGCUGUACAUUAAAUCUGGGGCCUGGAGAAAUGGCAUCUGCUUUACCACAGCAGUUCUCUCCCUUGUAUGCGCUAUUGUGUUUAUUAUGAGAGAAUAAAUUUUUUUCUGUUUUAGUCAAAUUUCGUAUUUGCGCUACGACCGAAAGGUGAGUAAGUGGUGAAAUACUGUAAAACUGUCUAACAACUGUAUUUUGUUUAUUUCAAAUAUUGUCAUAAAAUUUAAAGGUUUAGAAGAAUUAAAUGUUUAGAAUGAUUCAACAAAUGGUAAAGCUGGGAUCAGCUCAAGUUUCCUAAGAAAGAUAGGAUCUCAAAUUCUCUCCAAAAAUAUCGGAGGCACAUUUUUUCUGGUGAGCUUUAAACGCGCCAGCUACUUAUAAUGAACCAUUUUGGGCGUAAAAAACAAAAUUUUAAAAUAUAUUUUUUUUUCAUAUAUUUUUGAGGGUGGGGAGACGGGUUGUCGAGAAAAGACCCUUUAACAUUUUACUGUGAAAAUGUUUUCAGAAUGUGAACAUUUGUCUGCUAUAGUUACUGUUUUGCAUUGUUUAAAAUAGGUUCGUUUGACAAUGCAAAUUUUGGGCUAAAACAGGCCAUGGAAGGAAUGGGGAGUUGGGAGAGGAGGGAAUAGUAAAAUUUUACACCAUGACGUAUAGUUAGUAGGAAAAAAAAACUGUGGCAAUCUGGUCUUAACUCCUUUCUCUCAAGUAGAAAACCGAUACAGAUUUUCAGAAAUUCUAAACACAGACCUCUACAACGGAUAUUUUUUCUUACCACGACAGCUAUGAGCCAAUACCAGGAAAGUUGCUAUUUGAUGCAUACCGCGGUAUAUAACAUAGCUGACUAAAAUGACG